CUCAUCCCUUUUCUGCUCAAGAUAUUCACCUUUAUCUUCUCAAUCUUCACCAUCACUCAUUUGUACCAAAACCAAAACACACAUUAAAUAAUACUCCACACACAUCCUCAUUGCAUUUGGAGGCAGAGAUGGAUCAAAACCCUAGCUCUUCAAGGAUGGUCGUAGACAGAAAAACUAUAGAGAAAAACAGGAGAAAUGAGAUGAAGGCUCUCUACAACAAGCUCAACUCUCUAAUCCCUCCUCAAUCAAGGCCUAGGGAUAUGGUUUCGCUGCCGGAUCAGCUACAAGGAGCGACGAACUACAUAAAGAUGCAGGAGGCUAAAUUGGAGAAGAUGAAGCAGAAGAAAAACUGCCUUGUUUGGAGCAAAGGAGGGCCUAAUAAUUUACCAAACAUCGAUGUCCGAGUAAUGGGUUCAGACCUACAAGUGGUGCUCAUAACUGGACUCAAUUCUCAAUUCAUGUUCACUCAGAUCAUACGGCUCUUGCAUGAACAAGGAGCUCAAGUUGUCGAUGCUAGUUUUUCUGUACACAACGACACCGUUUUCCACACUAUUCAUUCCCAGAUUGGAGAUCAGUUUGAACAGAAUCAUGCAGCUGCAAGGAUUUCAGAGAGAUUGCAGAAAUUUGCCUAUGAUUGUAUUUAAAUAUUUAUUCAAGGAGCUGUUAAUUAUUGUGUGAUUUGAGAAGAAUUUGGUGUAAGGCUCUAGUCUCUUCUUCUAGACAGCUCAUUAAUUUGAUUUUAUUCUUGCCA